AUGGCCAACACAAACCGCUUUUCCACCUACACCUCCGUGUCGGCCGGCUCCGGCAACAAUGCAAGCGUGUCUGCGUCUGCGGCGGGGCCUGACGGCACCAGUGGGAGCGGUGGCAAGCCGAAGAAGGACCUGUGGAACUCCAUGCUGGACUCCGUCGCCAGCGGCCGCAAGCUGCCCGAGCGCAACCUGCUCGUGCUGGGCGGCACCGUCGACUCGCAGCGCGAGUUUCUCACGUCGCUGGGUGACCGCCGGUCGUCUACGAGCCUCGGCGGCGGCGGCGGCGACCCGACGCUGCCCGGCGGCGCGCCCGUCGCCAACAACUUCGCCCUCGGCUACACGUACUACGACGUGCUCGACGCCGACCAGGACGGCGACAUCCUCGCCCGCAUUUCCUUGUACCUGCUGUCGAAACCGUCGCCCGCGUUCAGCGCGCUGCUGCAGCCGCUGCUGACGCCCGAGACCAUUCCCAACACGCUGAUUGUCAUUCUGCUCGACUGGGCCCAGCCGUGGCGGUGGCUGCGCCAGCUGCGCGAGUGGAUCCUGCUGCUGCGCACCGUGCUGGUGUCGCUGAGCCCGGCCGCCAAGGAGGCGCUGGAGGAGGUCAUGGAGCAGGUCGAGCGGCAGCGGCAGCGGCGGCGGCAGCGGCGGCGGCGGCAGCAGCAGUGGAAUGGUGUUGGGGGCAGUGGCGACGGCGGCGACGCGCUGCCGCCGGGGCCGGGCGAGUGGGAGGACGCACUGGGCCUGCCGCUGUGCGUGGUGUGCCAGAACGCCGAGAAGACGGACGUGCUGGAAAAGACACAGGGCUGGAAAGACGACGAGUUUGACCUGGUGCUGCAGUACCUGCGCACCGUCCUGGUGAAGCACGGCGCCUCGCUCAUCUACACCACGCCCAGCAUGCCCUCGCAGCUGCCGACGCUCAUCCACGCCUGCCUGGGCGUGACGUCGCUGCUCAAGCGCCCGCCGCUCAAGCCCGAGGUCAUCAAGCGCACCGAGGUGGUCGUGCCGUCCAACUGGGACUCGUGGACCAAGAUCUUGGUGGUGCGCGAGGGCUUCGAGGUCGACAAGGUCAGCGCGGGCUGGUCCAUCGACCUGCAGCGGCCCUACCCCGUCGUGCAGGCCCAGGCGGCAGGCCAUGCCAACGGCGCCAACGCCAAGAACGACGCAUCACAGCAACCCGGCACGCGGACAAGAUCACCACCACUCGACGGCGCGCUUCCAGAGCGGGACGAAUACACGCUCGAGGGCCAGGGCCAGGGCCAGGGCCAGGGCCAAGGCGAGAACGGGUUUGCCAACGGCAGCAGAAGCGGCGAUCGCCCGGAACCCGUUGGCGGCGGCGGCGACGACGACGACGACUACGAAGAGGACGACGAGGACCCAGACUCGGCUGUGUCACAGUACGAGCGUGCCAUCCGCGACCCGGGCAUGGAUGUGUUGGCACUGGCAGGCGGGGAUCUCGACGCGGACGAGGACGAUGCAGACGGCAACGAGACCGGCACACAAAAGCGCCGCCGCCGCCGUCGGCGCCAGCAGCUCGAGGUCGAGACCGAAGACGUGCAGCUCUUCCUUGGCGACCAGCUCAAGCUGCUCGAGCAGUUCCGCCAAAAGGACGAGGCCAAGCGCGACAAGGAGGCCAAAGAGUCGAAGCGCCGGGACGGCUCCAUGGGCAGCGGCAGCGGCUCCAAUGCGCUGGCGAGCGCGGACGAUCCCGCCGAGGUCAUCAGCAGCCACAUUGGCCCUGUGCAGUUUAACCUCGGCGGCAUCCAAGUCGACGCCGACGACAUGCUGGAGCGGAUCAAGAACCGCCAUGGAUAUGGUUCGGCAUCCCCAGAACCGGGCAGCCCCGACGGGUCUGCCAUCAGUGCCGGUGUAGCAGGUGGUGCCGCCGCCGGUGCGGGUGCAGGAACCGGCGUCGACGGUGCAUCCCUGGCGCCGGAGAACGUCGACACGGAGAAGAUGACGGCCUUUUUCGCCGACCUCAUGAACCGGCCAAGCCAGACAAGAAAGUCAUGA